AUGACACCGUUUCUUUACCUUCUCAGGAACAAUCUUCUUUGGCUUCACACCAUCUUUGCAUUCCUCUACCUCCUGCUCACGGUGUACAGUAUGCGGCGUCACACGUCCAAAAUGCGCUACAAGGAGGAUGAGCUGGUGAAGAGAACUCUAUUUAUCAAUGGCAUUUCCAAAUACGCAGAACCAGGAAAAAUUAAGAAGCAUUUUGAGGAGGCGUAUAACAACUGCAUAGUGCUGGAAGCUCGGCCGUGCUAUAAUGUGGCCAGGCUCAUGUUCCUGGACACAGAGAGGAAAAAAGCUGAGCGCGGUCGCCUCUACUUCACCCACUUAAUGAGUAAAGAGAGCCUGACGUCCUUCAUCAACCCAAAGCCGUGCGGUCACUUAUGCUGCUGCGUGAUAAAAGGAUGCGAGCAGGUGGAGGCCAUCGAAUAUUAUACACGGUUAGAGCAGCGCUUGAAAGAAGACUACAAGAAGGAAAAGGAAAAGGUCAACGAGAAGCCACUUGGAAUGGCAUUUGUCACCUUUCAGAAUGAGGCCACCACUGCCAUGAUUCUGAAAGAUUUCAAUGCAUGUAAAUGUCACGGUUGCAGCUGCCGAGGGGAGCCCAAAAACUCAUCCUGCAGUGAAGCUCUUCACCUGCACAACUGGACUGUCAGCUACGCUCCGGACCCGCAGAAUAUCUACUGGGAGCACCUGUCUACGCGUGGCUUCCUCUGGUGGAUCCGCUGCCUGAUUAUCAACGUCAUUCUCUUCCUCCUCCUCUUCUUCCUCACCACACCAGCCAUCAUCAUCACCACCAUGGACAAGUUCAACGUCACCAAACCUGUGGAGUACCUGAAUAAUCCAAUCAUCACUCAGUUCUUCCCCACUCUGUUACUGUGGGCGUUCUCCGCUCUGCUGCCAACCAUCGUCUAUUACUCAGCGUUCUUCGAGGCGCACUGGACCAGGUCGGGGGAGAAUCGCACUACAAUGCACAAGUGCUACACCUUCCUGAUAUUCAUGGUGCUGCUGCUGCCGUCUCUGGGCCUGAGCAGCCUGGACCUGUUCUUCCGAUGGCUCUUCGACAAGAAGUUUCUGGAACAGGCCACCGUCAGGUUCGAGUGUGUGUUCCUUCCAGACAAUGGAGCGUUCUUCGUCAACUAUGUUAUCGCCUCCGCCUUCAUCGGUAAUGCCAUGGAUCUGCUGCGGAUCCCCGGUCUGCUGAUGUACAUGAUUCGCCUCUGUCUGGCUCGAUCUGCGGCAGAGCGCAAAAGCGUCAAGCGGCAUCAGGCCUAUGAGUUCCAGUUUGGUGCGGCAUACGCGUGGAUGAUGUGCAUUUUCACAGUGGUGAUGACCUACAGCAUUACGUGUCCCAUUAUUGUCCCAUUUGGCCUGAUGUACAUGCUGCUGAAACACUUGGUGGAUCGCUACAACCUAUACUACGCCUACCUACCUGCCAAACUGGACAAGAAGAUCCACUCGGCAGCGGUGAGCCAGGUGGUGGCGGCCCCCAUCCUUUGCCUCUUCUGGCUGUUCUUCUUCUCCACCGUGAGGACCGGUUUCCUGGCUCCCACCUCCAUGUUCACGUUUGUGGUCCUGGUAAUCACCAUCGUUAUCUGCCUGUCCCACGUCUGCUUCGGCCACUUCAAGUACCUGAGUGCCCACAAUUACCGGAUCGAUCACACAGAAGUGAACGCUGUGGACGGAACACAAAAUGGCCGCCCAUCCACUAAUACAGCUUCUCAGAAGUCGGCGAAAUACAUCGCUCAGGUCCUCCAAGACUCUUCAGCGGACAGCGAGCCGGCAGGGGACAGCGAGGAACCCGGCUCCCAGGACGAGGAGAUGAUCAACGCAGACAAUACGCAAGAUGCCGAGUUCCAGUCAUGCGAGGACAGUCUCAUCGAGAACGAGAUUCACCAGUGACAUCAAGCGGAGGAGAGAGGAGCGUAAUACUGCACAUACUACAAACACUCCCAUCUCCUCUGCCCUGUACCCGGGGACCCAGGCCCUCCCAUUUCUGGGGGGGGCUCCCGUCAGCCUGCGUGCUAGGAAGCCGGUCCCCUAUAGACUGACAAUGUCUCGGGCCGUCCGCUCGCCUGCUGCUCUCUGUACAGUAUACGGACGAAUAUUUGGUGUUUGCACAGACGCUGCCUGCUGUCUAUGUUCUGUGUUAGAGGAAAUCAUUGCACUCCUGCUGUCUGCUCUGUUUUUGUUUUGUGAUUUUAAGCUAUUGUGGAAAACUACUGCUGCUCCAUGAGGGCGGGCACUGUGGGCAUCGAGAGAGGCUGGCACGGUGGGUGAGCACUGCGACCGCAUGUUGGAGGCUGGUACUUCACGCGAGGCAUGCACUGGAGCCUGGCACUGCUGUGUCAGUGUAUACACUUGUAGUAUGACAGUACGAUACUGUUAUUGUCACGGGGAUAACAUUCAAAUCUAUAUCCUAGC